UUGAUUCUCUCGCCUCUGUUGUUCUGUGGUUACAGACAGCUGAAAAAGCUGAGCGAGGACAGCCUCACCAAGCAGCCGGAGGAGGUCUUCGACGUCCUGGAGAAGCUGGGUGAAGGGUCUUAUGGUUGUGUAUUUAAGGCUAAUUAUAAAGAAACAGGGGAGAUCGUCGCCAUCAAACAAGUUCCUGUGGAGUCCGACCUUCAAGAGAUCAUCAAGGAAAUCUCCAUCAUGCAGCAGUGUAACAGUCCCCAUGUAGUGCGGUACUACGGCAGCUACUUCAAAAACAGCGACCUGUGGAUCGUCAUGGAAUAUUGUGGCGCCGGAUCAGUGUCUGAUAUCAUCCGAAUACGCAACAAGACGCUCACAGAGGAGGAGAUCGCCACCGUCCUGCAGUCCACAUUGAAGGGUCUGGAAUAUCUUCACUUCAUGCGGAAGAUCCACAGAGACAUCAAAGCCGGCAACAUCCUGCUGAACACGGAGGGUCAGGCCAAACUGGCCGACUUCGGAGUGGCCGGACAGCUCACAGACACCAUGGCGAAGCGGAACACCGUCAUCGGCACGCCGUUCUGGAUGGCUCCAGAGGUCAUCCAGGAGAUUGGCUACAACUGCGUGGCAGACAUCUGGUCACUCGGCAUCACGGCCAUAGAAAUGGCCGAGGGCAAGCCGCCCUAUGCCGACAUACACCCAAUGAGGGCCAUAUUCAUGAUCCCCACCAACCCUCCACCCACGUUUCGGAACCCAGACCUGUGGUCUGAAAACUUUCGAGACUUUGUCAGCCAGUGUUUAGUGAAAAACCCAGAGAACAGGGCGACGGCCACACAGCUGUUACAGCACCCGUUUAUCAAGUCAGCCAAACCCAACUCCAUCCUAAGAGCUUUGCUCACAGAUGCCAUGGAGAUCAAACUGAAGAGACAGGAGGAGGCAGAGCAGAGGGAGCAAGACGCAGAGGACGAGGACAAUUCGGAUGAGGACGAGGUGGAUGCGGGGACGAUGGUGCGGGCCGGAACUGGCGACUCUGGGACCAUCCGGGCGGCGGGCUCUUUGGCGAGCUCCCUCGGCGGUACGGCCCGGACAAUGAUCGAGCACGAGGACACGGGAACCAUGCAGUCAGGGCUCGGCACCAUGGUGAUAAACUCGGACGACGAGGAUGACACGGAUGCCGGUACAAUGAAACGGAGAGACGAGACCAUGCAGCCGGCCAAGCCGUCCUUCCUGGAGUAUUUCGAGCAGAAAGAAAAGGAGGCGAACAGUCACAAUGACGGCGGGCGGAGGGGGGAAAACAACGCCGACAACCGCAAGCUGCCUCCCGACGGAGACCUCGAAGUGGUGAGCACGUGGUCCGUGGAGGAUCUGAAGAUGAGGCUGGCCUCCCUGGACCCGCAGAUGGAGCAGGAGAUCGAGGAGAUCCGGCAGCGCUACCAGGCCAAGCGGCAGCCCAUCCUGGACGCCAUCGAGGCCAAAAAGCGCCGGCAGCAGAACUUCUGA